UGUCGAUACUGCUGUACAGUUACAGUUUACGAUUCUAUCAGGAAAGACCCCGUUACCAAGUAUGAUCUUCAAGGAUAAUUCCUGCUCGAACACAACAUCUGUAGAUCAUUUUAGCUUACUAUCCUUGGGAGAAAGUUGCUCUAUCCCAGAAGGCGUUUACCCGCUGUCGUCUCCAAGGGGUUUUGCCGUCCAAUGAUCAAUGCGUCGCUUUGAACUACUUGAAAAGUCUAAAUUCCUCCAGCGCUCUCUAAGUCCAAAAGAAUGAUGCUACUGAAUUCCCGAGCCUUUGGCCCGAUUUGAUUGGGAGUUAGAAAGUGUUUACAGUUCAAGAAAAGGGUCCUUUAAAUCUUGAGCUUCACCUCAAUCCUCUCUCUACACGGGUAUAUACAGACUUGUCAAAUCCUCAAACUAAUAAAUUCGGAAAUUAACCUUAAUUGAACCAUACUUAACACUUGAAAAUUCAUUUUCACUAUUAAAGUCCUUCCCGGUACCUCAAUCCGUUCGCAAAUUAUUUACAGGGGGAAGACAGCUCCAAACCCUGUAUAAUUGCAAAUGAUAUGGCAAGGAGAAGCUAAACGAGCAUCAUUGUGCGGAGGAAAAUUGAUGGCAACUCAACAGAUACCGAAAGGAUCUCCAGGCUUGAAAUAUAAGGAAAAGAAUAUGAAACAUAACAGCGAUGACGGGUCAACAGGAACAGACAUGGUUUUUGCAGAACUUGGAGUGGCUGAGUUGCUGCGGCAAGACUGCAGACCCUCCUUCAUCGUUGAUCUUAUGAUGGAAGAAGAAAAUUUUGAACUUUCCGUAGUCUUCUCGAACGAUGCCUUCAAGACUUAUGCUGGUUUUAGAGACGUUGCUUCAUGGCUUUCAGGAAACUCGUGUCAUAGUGGGGAGGCAUUUAUCAAAUGGAUAUAUACUCAGCCCAAGAUCGCAGUCAACCAAUAUUGGUUCCGGCAACAAAGGUGGUCAAAGGUUUUGUUGGAGGAUCGAUGGUGCGUAAUUUCUGGACAUGAAAUGGCAUUUGCGAAAUCCACACAGGGGGAUACCAUUCAUUCCCAAUCCCUUCGGUCAAAGCCGGCACAAGGCAGAAGUUUCGAUCUGUGCGCAAACGGUCAUGAAAUUCCUUUCCCUUUUAAUCAGGAUCCCGUUCCCAUCCAAAAGGCACCCAGUUCAUUCAAUCCUGCAAUGGCCGCCUAUGCAUACUUUACACCGUCUCCUUUGUCCUUUGAGACAACCUUCGCCAGCUUCUUUUCCAGCAAAGACUAGCCUUCUACAGCCUUAGACUCCAUCUCGGAACAACUCUUAGAUAUGACAAGUCUAAUCUCUAGUUUUACCCAAUUAUCACCUAUAGCUAUGUUCAUAAUAGAUGCAAAGGAUGUAAGUUUGCUGUUUGCUAAUGAGGCCUGGUAUGUUACUUCUCUGCACUCACAUAUCCUUCAGAAUUAUGGAAGAGCACAACUAUUUGGAUUCAGAGAAUUUUAACUGAUAGAAUAAUUGGAUUAAGAACAAGAAUCACGGGUGGAACAGUAGGAGAACACGCCAGAUUGAAAUGGCUCGACUAUGUGAUUGAUGAACACAGGGAAUAUAUCACAAAACAGUGGCACGAGGUCACAGUCAACAAACGGCCCAUUCGUAAUCAAGGGAGAUUCAAAACGUUUUGGAAACCUGCAGUGCCGGAUCCUGCAUCGUUUGGAAAGAAUGGGGCCUACUACACCUAGGCAGAAUGUAAUGCUGUCCCACUUUUUAAUAAGAAUGGGGACGCGGAGCAUGUUGUUGGGUGUCUUACUGAUAUCACACAUUUGAAAUAUGCCGCUCGAAUGCAGGAACGGAGAGCAAAGGAAGCAAUAAUUGAGACGCGGCAGAGGGAAGAGUUCAUGAAAAUGGUGUGUCAUGAGUUGAUGAACCCUCUAUCAGCAGUCUUUCAAGUAAGCUUAAUAAGUUCAUUAAAAUGGUUUUGCUCUUACUGCCUGAUGCUAUUUCCUGAUUUCAAACCCUAUUUUCAUCUCUCUUUCAUACCCUUCUUUUAAUUUUCAAUACAAUCUUAAUUUCCUCUUUUCUUCUUCUUUUUCCUCCGCCACCUUUCUUCUAUAGACAAUACUGACUCUUCAAUUUUACUGUGUGCUGAUACCAUGAUCUCAAGUCUUGAUGAGAUUAAUAAAGCUCUUUCAACCACUCAUGACAACGUCCUCCAUGAUGAAAACUCAAACAGUUACGGAAAGAUCAAAACGAGUAUAAUUACGCAGUAUUGGAAUGGCGAAGAUAAUUUUAGGUUGUGGUGAACAUCAGAGAAGAAUCAUCGACGAUGCACGUAAGAUGAAAAAAGCCGACAUCGAUCUAUUUUCCAUUUCACCCAUCGGAGCAGAACCAAUUCGUAUGGUCGAUACAGCUAUGACCAUACUCUCGGGCGAAACAUUCAAAUUAGAUAUCAGUGUUCAACUCAAGAUCGAUCCUUUCAUGGAAACCUUGGACGCAAAUUGGCUCCGUUUUGAUCCUUCCCGAUUUUUACAACUCCUUCUCAAUUUACUCACCAACGCCAAUAAAUACACAGGAUCAUCAGAAACGCGAAAAGUAGUUGUGUGUCUCGGAGCAAAAAUAGGAUCGCCUUACCCCAAAGAAAUAGGAAGAGAUAUUCAAUACAUCCACUCCGCUCCGCACCGCACGAAAUGAUCCAACAUUAACAGAUGCAUCCGGAAAAGGCGAAAUAGUAUAUCUUCACUGCUCCAUCACCGAUACCGGCAAAGGAUUAAGCGAAAAAGAAAGAAGAGUCCUCUUUAAAAACUUUCGGAAACAUUCCUGAGCACACAUACGCAAUGUGGAGAUGCGAGCUUGGGACUACUUAUUUGUCGCGAGUUGGCGGAGUUGCAGGGUGGCGCUAUUGGGAUUGGUUAUGUGGAUUCGCAGGCGAUGGGGAGUACAUUUGCUUUUUUAUUAAGACUCGUCGUUCUGGAGCUUUAGGACUUGAUAUAGGCUGCACAAAAAUAACCCGCGGAUUGCAGAUAUCCGUAAAUAAUCCGCUUCGCGGGUUAUCCAAUAAACCUACAAUCUGUCUCAUAGAUUAUUUAUUAAGAUUUUAAAAUAAUCUAUAUUAUAUAAAUUAUUUGUGAAUUAUUUAUAGAUAAUCUGUUAAUUUAUAAAAAUUGAUAUAAAAACUAAUAUAAAAAAUAUAAGAAUAGUUUC